AUGCAGCGCGGAUUAGGAAUGCAACCGACGGUCGUGCUCUUGAAAGAGGGCACGGACAGCUCGCAAGGAAAAGGACAGCUGCUGUCCAACAUCUCCGCCUGCCUCGCGAUCGCCGACACAUUAUCAUCCACCCUCGGCCCGCGCGGAAUGGACAAGCUGAUUGUAAACGAGCGCGGCCAGGCACAGAUCACCAACGACGGCGCGACCAUCCUCAAGCUGCUCGACAUCGUGCACCCCGCCGCGCGUACUCUUGUGGAUAUUGCUCGCGCGCAAGAUGCCGAAGUCGGUGAUGGCACGACGAGUGUGGUACUGCUGGCGGCGCAGUUGCUGAAGGAGAUUAGGCAGUAUGUCGAGGAGGAUGUCAGCCCACAUAUCAUCAUGAAGGGCUUCCGCCAGGCUGCCCAGCUCUCUAUCGACCGCAUCAAGGAGAUCCAGGUCACAGUAGACCGCUCCGAUCCCGAAAAAUUCCGCUCUUUGCUGCUCAAGUGUGCCUCGACAUCAAUGUCUUCCAAACUGAUCCACUCCGAAAAGCCCUUCUUCUCCAAGAUGGUCGUCGACGCCGUCUCCUCUCUCGACCAGGACGACCUCGACGAGUCGCUCAUCGGCGUCAAGAAGAUCCCGGGUGGCGGCAUGCAAGACUCCCAGCUUGUCCAAGGCGUAGCCUUCAAAAAGACUUUCACAUACGCCGGCGCAGAGCAACAGCCCAAGUCCUUCGCCGACCCUCUCAUCCUCUCGCUGAACGUCGAGCUCGAAUUGAAAGCGGAGAAGGACAACGCCGAAGUCCGCGUAGAUGCCGUGGCGGACUACCAGGCGAUCGUGGACGCCGAAUGGGAGAUCAUUUACCGCAAGUUACGCGAGAUCGAGGCGACGGGCGCGAAGAUCGUCCUGUCCAAACUCCCCAUCGGUGAUCUCGCCACCCAAUGGUUCUCCGACCGCGACAUCUUCUGCGCUGGCCGUGUCACGGCCGGUGACCUCCGCCGCGUCGUUCAAGCCGUCGGCGGAUCCGUGCAGAGCACCACCUCGGACAUCAAGCGCGAGCACCUUGGCACGUGCGCGAAGUUCGAGGAGCGCCAGGUCGGUGGGGAGAGGUACAAUGUCUUCGAGGGCUGCCCCAAGGCCAAGACGUGUACCCUUCUGCUCCGCGGCGGUGCGGACCAGUUUAUCGAGGAAGUCGAGCGCUCCCUGCACGACGCGAUCAUGGUCGUCAAGCGCGCGGUCAAAUCCGGUGAAGUCGUCGCCGGCGGCGGCGCCAUCGAGAUGGACCUCUCCUCAUACAUCCGCAAACAUGCGCUGUCGAUCCCAGGCAAGCUCCAGCUCGUCCAGCUGGCGUUCGCGAAAGCGCUCGAGAUAAUCCCGCGCCAGAUCUGCGACAACGCUGGCUUGGACUCGACCGAUAUCUUGAACAGGUUGAGGCAGAGGCAUGAUAAGGGUGAGCGGUGGGCGGGUGUGGAUGUGGAUGGACCGGAGGGCGUGCGCGAUAACCUCGAGGCGUUCGUUUGGGAGCCGAGUCUUGUCAAGGUCAACGCGAUCAGCUCGGCGGUUGAGGCUGCGUGCUUGAUCAUCUCCGUUGACGAGACGGUGCGCAACCCGCAGAGCGAGCAGUCUGGUCCUGGACCGAAAGCACCACCGGGAACUGCCGGUCGCGCGUUGAGAGGCCGUGGACGCGGUGCGGCUGUAACUGCGUUGAUAGGGCACUCUGGAAGACAGUACGGCAGCGUCAGGACUUUGGAUCAGGCGACCGAGCGGGAGACUCGUUGCAAUGGCAACGCCUUUCCCGAUUGGGCACCAGGGACGGCUUAG